AUGACGACCACAUAUUUGUCAGAAGGAAGCCCUGUCUGUGCCGGUCAGCCCUACUUUAGAUAUGGCCUGUCUACAGGAAGAAGAAACAGGAUCGAAAUCAAUCCUUGUCCGGAAGCCGAUAGCAAAGGGACGGAAUUCGUGGUGGCGUUCAUGGAGACUAUGACCCCCUCAGCGGACCCUAGCCUGUACAUCAUCGGUGCCUCUGCUCGUUCUACCCGGGUCACCAUUCAGUCUCCUGGCGGCUCGGACAUCACCGUCUCCAUCUCCCACGAGUCCCGCGUCAAGGUCGUGCGGGAGGAAGGGCCCAGCACGGCCGCCGUCCUGAUCACGUCCGACCGCGAGGUGACGGUGUACGGCGUGGAGGAGGGUAACUCCAUGGAUUCCUUCCUGGUGUUACCCACCGACGCCCUGGGCACUGAAUACUACGUGGUGUCUUACAGCAUCUCGGACCGCCUUCAGAGGGACCAGAGGAAGUCCCAGUUCACGCUGUUGGGAGUGUCCGAUGAUACUGUGGUGGAUAUAACGCUGUCCGGGACUUUGGAGCACGAGGGCCAGCGGUACUGGAACGGAGAUCGGAUCAGAAUCACGCUAAAUCGACUACAGGUGGUGCAUUUCGCUAGCGCGGACGACGACUUAACGAGCACGCGGAUUGUCGCCAGCAAGAAGAUUGGCGUGCUAUCGGGCAGCAAAUGCGCUGACGUGCCCGUCAACAUGCGGUUUUGUGAUCACUUAGUCGAGAUGCUUCCCCCAGUUAAAAGCUGGGGCCGCUCCUUCAUCACCUCGCCCCUGUACGGGCGAAGAAGUGGGGAUGCAUUCCGCAUCAUGGCCGCAAGGGAUGACACCGCGGUUGCCGUGUCCUCCUACGGUAGGGCCACUCUGCACGCCGGCGAGUUCUUCGAACUGGAGAUCAUGUCCAAUUCCAGCCGCAGCAUCACGGCAGACAAACCGCUGCUAGUGAUGCAGUAUAGUCUCGGAGGUGACGCAGACCAGACCACGGGAGACCCGUUCAUGAUGCUGGUCCCGGCCAUUGAGCAGUUCUCCAGUAACGCCGUGUUCUACACCAUCGACUCCUCGUACUCCCCGCUGACCGACUACGCCAAUGUGAUCAUCGAAUGCCCGAACGUGAGGGGCCUGGAGCACAAUCUGUUUGAACUGCCUCAGACAUCCUUCAGCAGACUGGAUCGGCUUCGGCACACGCUAGACGGCCGGGAAUACUGCAUGGCGCAGAUGGUGCUGGCGCGCGGUGUGCACUUCCUCAGGCACUCUCAACCGGACGCUCGAUUCGCUCUGACCCUGUACGGAGCGGGUGUCAACCAAGCUGCGAUCGCCUACGGCAUGCCCGCCGGGCUUCGGUUACCGGAUCACGAAUGUGAAGCAAGGGCUCCUGUGGAUACAUCUACCUCUACCAUGCCAAUUCCCGACACGCAGGCACCCACUUCUCAGUACCGAACCGCUGUCAAGAAACCGGGACAAAAUAUCUCACCGCUGCCUGGACCAUCGGUGAACGGAACACCGGCUCGUUCGUCAGGGGAGUGCCUUACCUGGGUCAUCGUUGUCACUCUUUUCUUGCUGGUAACCAUAUUAUUUCUCGUUGUCUAUAUUUGCAUUUUGAGGAGCCGAGUACGGAAGCUGGAGGCCGAGCGGAAAGUGUGCAGCCGUAUGCAGCUCAGCCCCGUUGUUGUUGGAGCGGACGGAUACAUCGGCCUGGACGGUAGUCAGCACCCUGAGCGAGAUUACAUGACGCUGAACAAUCCACAGGGGGUCUGGCGGCUCUGCCGGGUGCGGCGCACCGGUCGCUCGCCUGGAGGAGUCCCGUAUAUGGCCAACACUGCCAUCAACACCAACUCCAACGGAAUAUCGCACAUUUCCGAGCCCACCCUAGUGUCCAAUAACCGGAAUAGCCUGCAUGGAGCUUCGGUCAGGAGAAAGGGCAGCGCCCCAGAGACCCUCAGCCGGACUAUCAGCAUGGACAGCAACCAUGCACUCCGCUUCAGCCGACGGAACAGCGGCAACGACGCGUUGAGCGCGAGCAGUCGACACGGCAGCACCAGCACCAGGAACUCCCCUCCCUUACAGAUCUGUGAAAAUGUGCCAGAGAGACAGAACGGGACCUCUCCCGCUGCCGCCGAGGGCGGGAACCAGUCGACGCGGAAGCAAAGCUUCCAGGAGCUUCACGACAUCGCCGAGUGUCCGGACAAGGAGCCUCCGCCCCGGACCAGUCAUUUGGUGCGGAGCAUCAGCCAGCCGUCCUACCAGACAUCGCUCAAGGUAAACGCGCCCAAGGUCUACUAUUCGGUGCCCAAGAACAACCGGGCUAGGAACCAUUAUGAUCACCCCAGGAAGCGCUCCAGCAGCGUGGAGGAGCCCUGUCCGGUCAUCUUCUCCAUGAAGGAAUCGCUACUGAAGCACGACGAUGGGUACAUGAGUAUGAGAGACCACAGAACUUCUGUCUCCAGUCAGGGCAGCUCUAACAUGUCCUUGAGCUCCAGCCCCGUUGCCUUACCUUCGCCCGACACUACAUCGUACUCAUUCGUGCCCGAUGAGACCCCAAACACUGGUCCGGACACGGCAGAAACCGAUUCAACAGACUAUACAGAACUGUUUUAACUUGCGUUCAACAACUCUUGUGUCUUAAAUUUUUUUUUCUAAGUAAAACUUGAGUCGUGAGGUCUUUUUAUGACAGAUGGACACCCGGUCACCCGUAUUUUCAUUUUCUUUUCAGUGCCUUGUCAAAUUUGAACCGCACAGAUGUACUUCAAACCAGAUAGCUCAUGUUCCCUACCUAACUUUACCGAUAUCGUGAAUGUAUGCCAGACAAUGUUGUUUGCCCUGCCUUGAACAACAGUAAGUGAAGUAAAUCAGUACAGACAAGCAGAGUCAAAGCGCUUUCUUAUUGGCAAACACAGCCAAGCUCAACUCUCGCAAAGUCUCCAACGUGGUUCACAACGACACUGUGAACCGCCUUAGGUGUUACUUUGCGCGACCCAUAGUUCACCGAUUUUUUUUCUUUUCAUAAACUGUUUGAGGUAUCCUGACGAGGACUUACCACUGACACUGCAGUCCAGCUUAAUUCAUUCUCGAAUCAGGCCAGUAUAUUCAUAAGGGUGAUGUAGUGGAAAUCAAGUCUAAAAAGGAAGACAACGUCGUUUGAUAAGUUGAACCUAAGGAGAAUUUAAUCAUUUAGGCGUUACGGUGUGCUGCAAAUUCCCCGUGUUUUCAAAGCGACGCAGACCACCUCAGACUCGAGUCUGAGAUUGUAAGACACCUUACUGGCAUGUCAGGCCACAGUGUCAUAAAACGCUCCUAUUGCUAUAUACUCUCGCAGGUUACCAAGCUAAGACAACUUGGUACACAGACUGGAUCGCUUUUUGGAUUGCUGCUGCUAACACUUUGAGAGAGUCGACCGGACCACUCAACCCUCGAUAACUUAUUGCAGAUGCACUCAUGCUGAUCCCGACGAUAAAUUGACAUGCAGUGGUCAUCCGACCACUCCCUACUGCGCGUAGCCUGUGCAUAUAGGUAUUACCGGAACCUUGUGGGUAAUACCGGGGAUGUGGGAUAUUCCGGAUUUGCGUCUUUCCAUUGGUUAACCAAAGCUUUCCCGCUCUUUUGCACUACCAAUGGCGACGCAGCCUUCUUGCCACUUCUCGGUGAACUGGAGAUAAGAAGACGAUUAUCUCGUAAGACAAACGGAUUAAAUAAUUAGAAUGACUAGUCUCUUUUCUAAAUGCUUGUGUUUUGGGGAGGGUUCAGGGAAGUUUGUCAUUAACCGAUGACAAAGCAUCCAAGGUAAUUUGCACAAAACCUUCCCCCUUUCUCUGCUAGCAAGUCAUCUAAUACUCAGGUGUAAUGAACAAUGUGUUGUUCGUCGCAAGUAAAUUUUAAAGGGGAGUUUCCUUCCCUUCAGCGUUCGAAACUAAAACUUCACGUGUGUUGUCCCGCAAUAUACACAUUUCUGCAAGGCUACCGAGUACAAUUCAAAACUGUUGAACCAAAUUGUUAAACGGAUGGGGCACAUUCAUUCGGGAUAACCGCGUCCGCCUUACCAAGCUACGGCCGGACAUACCGCACGCGUCAAUUGACUUAUCGCCGUUUUCGAGUUUGCCACGACCCUGUAGAAUUUUGAGCUGUGUUUAUUUUAUCGGAUUUUACACGUCCCACGCUAAUUUAUACAUUUUGUAACAAGACAAUAUUUCACAUGAUAUACGUUCACGCAAUUCUACCGCCAUAAGUCAAUGGGAAAUGCGUGAUGUUGUCUAUUGGCUUCCUCAGGCCUCCGUCUAACAUCCCGCCGUAACCAAGUAAUUUGGACACUGCCUGUUUUGUUUGCUCAACUAAGAUAUACCUGCACAUACCAAAAUGUCAUUUUAUGCACUGUCUGUUUUUGGACACUGCCUGUUUUGCUUGCUCAACUGAGAUAUACCUGCACAUACCAAAAUGUCAUUUUAUGCCUGAGAACAGAUACCAGACCAUAUAAAGACUGGGCAUAAGCUAGUAUACAUUUGAAAACAACUCUUCAGGGACCAGAGUUCCUUGGUGUAAACGUCAGAUUCUGUGUAGUGCCUUAACAGUUUCUCUUCAGUCACGUGUGGUCCAGAACCCAGUUUUUCCCCCAAACACAUCACGCCACGUAUUUUGCAUCUGAAAUUGACCAGACCAUGGGAAUCGCUGGCAAGGCAUAGAACACCAACGUGCCUGGACGGGCAUGUACAGAGCUCUCUGUCCCCUAUACACUGUAAAAACUCGGGUGUUAAAAUCAACACUUUUGGUUGUUAUCAGAUGACCACACCAUGUUACU